CUUUAAUGUUGCUCACAAGACGCAGAUACAUUUUUCAUUUCCUAAACAACUACCAAUGACCAGACGUUUCAGCCUUUUUGAAUAGUAAAAACUAAAGAAAUAACAACGGAUAGCAAUUAUGGAUAUCUUAAAAGCUGAAAUCGCAAGGAAGAGAAAACUAAUAGAAGAAAAAGACCUUGUUGAUGAUUCAAAGAAAUACUUCAAACGAGCCGAUCUUGCCCGAAAAGAAGAGGAAGAGUAUUUCAAAAGAUGUGGUUACAAGGUUCAGAAAGAGACACCUGAGAGACAGCUGGAGAAGAAAGUGGAGAAGGCAGAGCCCUCCACUUCAUCCAACACCGCCUUGGAGAUGGAGAUGACUGAGGAGAAGCUCCCAAUGUCGCUUUCCAGGCAGGAGGUGAUCCGGCGGCUGAGGGAGCGAGGGGAACCCGUGCGUCUUUUUGCAGAGUCCGACUAUGAGGCUUUCCAGAGGCUCAGGAAGAUUGAGAUUCUUGCCCCAGAAGUCAACAAGGGUUUGAGGAACGACCUCAAAGCUGCCAUGGAUAAGAUUGACGCACAGUACCUGAAUGAGAUCGUAGGGGGCACUGGGGAGCCGGGGGAAGUGGACACACAACACGACCUGAAAGUACAUGAGGCCGACACCACCAUUGAGGAGCUGGAGGCUCUGGGGAAAUCUCUGGGGACGGGCGAUGACAAUAGGGACCAGGAUGUCAUUGACAAAGUCCUGAGGUUUCUGCUGGGAGUCUGGGCAAAAGACCUGAACAGUCGAGAGGACCAUGUGAAGCGCAGCGUCCAGGGCAAACUGGCCAGUGCCACCCAGAAACAGACAGAGUCCUACCUUAAACCGCUCUUCAGGAAGCUACGGAAGAAGAGUUUACCUGCGGAUAUUAAAGAAUCAAUCACUGACAUCAUUAAAUUCAUGCUGCAGAGAGAAUAUGUGAAGGCCAACGAUGCGUAUCUGCAGAUGGCCAUUGGUAAUGCCCCCUGGCCCAUCGGGGUGACCAUGGUGGGUAUCCAUGCCCGGACGGGGCGAGAGAAGAUCUUCUCCAAACACGUGGCCCACGUCCUCAACGACGAGACCCAGAGGAAAUACAUUCAGGGUCUCAAACGGUUGAUGACAAUCUGCCAGAAACACUUUUCUACAGACCCCUCAAAAUGUGUGGAGUACAAUGCACUGUAGUCAACCUGACAAUGCAUUUGUGUGUGUUUGUCUCACACACAUACCAUCUAUAGCAGUGGUCUUUUUUCCAUUACAACCCCCUUAACAGGGAAUGUCGCCUUCUGUAUUACUCCAUAACUUACACAACUGGUUUCUCAGAUCUCUGAGUAGGGAGUGGAACUGACUUCAAGGGCAAGAUUGGAAUACCACUGUUGUGCAGUUUUGGUCACGUGAACAUGCCCUGUGUUAGAGUCCUGGUGUACAGGUUGUUUCUGAACAUGUUGAAUCAUGGGUUUUAGUGUUGGGUUGGAAUAAGGCCUCUAUACUCUGUUUCCAUAUACAGCACAAGGAAUAAAAGCCGUUAUUGUCUACAAAGCUGUCCAUAGAGGUUCUGGUGUUCAUGUAUAUUUGGUGUCUACAUAUUUGUAAAUACUAAGGAUUAAAACCAUGUUUUUAAAAUACGUAUUUUAUUUGUGGACUAUCAGUAGGACAUUGGGGACUUAGUGUGCCACGACUGAUUUAUUGUUUUGUGUUGCUUAUACUUUGUGUGUUCAAGCAGGAUUGUGUUUUCUUUACUCAAAUGAAUCAGCAUGAUGUAUACUUAUGGCUUCAAUUAUUAGUUUUCACCGUGGUGUGCUAGUUUUAUCAAAUCUUUGUAAGAAUGUCCAUGAUGUGUAAGUUUUAUUAUACAAAGCCUUGGAAUGACACAUGUGACAACAGCCCUGGCUGUGGUCUUAAUGCAAUAAAUAACUGAACAUGUA